CGAGAACUUCCGCUUCCGGUUCCUCCUCCCUGGGCGGCGUAGGGGGCCGAGUUAGGGACGGGGCGCCAUGCGGCAGCUCUCGCCGCUGCCUCCCCGCACCCUGACGCCCCUGCCGGGCCUGCUUGUGGCGGCGGCGCUGGCGCUGGCACUGCUCCGCGGGGAAGCGGCCCCUGCCCCGGAGCCCCGCUCCCCUCCUCCGAAGCAGGCUUUGCCCUCGGAGCAGUUAGGCCGCGAAGAGCUCCCCGAGGCCUCUCCGGACAGCACAGGCCCUCCCGACGCGGUGCCCAGUGGCAAUGGAAGCAGUAGCAGCAGCAGCAGCCUGGCCGCCGUGCCGCCGCCUCCCCAGGCCAGCCCGCCCAUGACCCAGCGCGCCCUCUCGGUGCUCGUCCUCGCCAGCGCCGCCCUCAUCGUCUACUUCGUCAUCCGGACCGUCCGACUUAGACGAAGAAAUAGAAAGACAAGAAGGUAUGGUGUUCUUGACACAAACAUAGAAAAUACAGAGCUGACGCCAUUAGAACAAGAUGAUGAUGAAGAUGAUACAACACUAUUUGAUGCCAAUCAUCCUCGAAGAUAAGUGCCUUUUGAGAAAGGUUUCCGAUUGCAGAGCAACAGAAGAAGGUGGUUCAAAAGGAAUAAGAAGCCAAUAUUGAAACUGGGAGGGGGGGGGGGGGGUUAUAAAAAUGAUGUAUAUAUUGUAUUAUGAUAUCCUUUAGUUUGUUGCAAUAAACUCUUAACAUUUUAUUCUA